ACAAAAUCAUAUUGAACCUUUCAUUCCUUGCAAUGUACAAAGUUGAAAUGAACGUGGAAUUUUAAAAAUCCUGUGGAUGGAAAGCCCUCAUUAGUGCCUAUGGGAAGGAUAGAUUUAAGAAAUGAUAGUUUAGUUAUUAUGCAAUAAGAAUUAUAUGCAACAAAAGCGAUAAUAAAAUAUGAAAAUAUUUAUCUAAAACAAAUGUCAAGUUUUCAAACAAAUAUUGGUAGAUACAUUUAAAAGCAUUUGGAUUAAGCCUACUUUUUAACUUAACAUUAAACGGAAUAAAAUGAAAAUAAAAUUAUUAUACUCUUCUAAUAAACAGACAGUAUUAGAGUCAUCUCCUGUACAAAAUGACGAUGAAAAUGAUGUAUGGGGCCAUGGGUUUAUGAUUCCGUCUGAUGCGGACAGCCCUCCAGCAAGAUGGGGUAAUAAAAAUAAGUGGUGUCGCCCAUCGUGCAUACCGAUAUCAAUUAUUUGUAUUUUGAUCUUCCUUGUAGUCCUGUUACCACUAUUAGAUCAUGCUGCCGAGAAAGCAUUGUUAGAAAUAAAUUCUAUGGACACCUGUAAUAAUACAUGCAAGUUAUCAUUAACCGAGAGUAUCCCAGAGGGUUUGGUUUAUUCAAACGAUUCAAUAAUUUAUCCUUCCACUUUUGAUACAUGGUUAGGCUUAAUAAAUUCCGCUCAAGAGUCAAUCGACAUAGCAUCAUUGUAUUGGACUCUUCGCCAGUCAGAGGUCUACCCAGAUCCAUCUUCCGAUAAGGGAGAAAAAAUAUUUCAAUCUCUUCUGAGGUCGGGGUUAGAUAGAGGCAUAAAAAUUAGAAUAGCUCAAAACGCUCCAUCACAGAAUUUUCCCAACAUAGACACGGAACUGUUGGCAAAACGCAAAGCGGCAGAAGUCAGGAGUUUAAAUUUUGCGAAGUUAUUAGGCGGUGGUGUAUUACACACUAAAUUAUGGAUAAUUGACAGGAGGCAUGUCUACCUUGGUAGCGCAAAUAUGGACUGGAGGGCCUUGACACAGGUGAAAGAGAUGGGAAUAGCCAUUCACAAUUGUUCAUGUUUGGCUGAGGACGUACAAAAGAUAUUUGAGGUUUACUGGACAUUAGGCGCAGAUGGCGCAAAAAUCCCUUCCAACUGGCCAGCAAUUUUCUCGACAAAAUUCAACAUGAACACACCUAUGGACCUAAUAUACGAUAACGAGACAUUUCACACGUACUUUUCUAGUUCCCCUCCCUCAUUCAGCCCGGUGGGCCGCACAGACGACAUAGACGCUCUGACCAACGUUAUAAAUCACGCUGAAAAAUUCGUGUAUAUCUCAGUGAUGGACUACUUCCCCCUUAUGAUUUACACUGCCAAAAUAAAAUUUUGGCCAGUCAUAGACGACGCUAUCAAGACGGCGGCCAUAAACCAUAAGGUUAAGAUUAAGAUGUUGAUAAGUUGGUGGAAUCACUCGAGGCCAUCGGAGGACUAUUUUCUGAGAUCGUUAGCUACUGUUAAUAAGGCAUAUCCUGGGGUGUCAAUAGAAGUGAGACGUUUUAUUGUGCCUGCGAACAAGGAGCAACAAAAGAUCCCUUACGCAAGAGUGAACCACAACAAAUACAUGGUGACUGAUAAUACGGCUUACAUAGGAACCUCCAACUGGUCUGGGGACUACUUUACUGACACAGCCGGCAUAGCUUUCGUGUUACAUGACCCAGUUUUCGACAGAAACUCUAGCCAUACCACGAUACGCAGUCAAUUGCAGGGGGUUUUCGAAAGGGACUGGAAUUCCGAGUAUGCUUAUCCCUUGAACCUUACAGAAUUUAUAUUUUUAUAAUGAAGGUUUGGCUUUGGUUGAUUUUUUUAUCUAAGUAAUUUUAUCAUGUCUAUAUUUAUUACAAAAAAAAUUAUAAUAAUUUAUAUACAGGGUGUCCCAUAAUUAGUGUGCAAUACUUUAGCAGUAUGCAAAUAUAAGAUUAUUUUUUCGUAUAAACAAGGGUCGAAAAAUGCUUUGAUGGAAUUUAUGAGGAAGUAUGGACAAAUAAAGUGGUAUAUUUAUCAACGGUUUAAAUAAAAGGACAACGCACGAGGUCGAGAGUUGGCAUCGUACUAAGCUUUUUAUUUUUACGCUGUGGCUAAUACAAAAAGUAGUGCUGUACACAAUAACAGCUGUUGAGCAGAGAUGGCGCCAGUGACAAACACAUUUUAUUGUUGUUUUUGCAUCUAUCACUAACAUGCUUCCUAAGGGAGGCCCUUAGAAGGGGCCUUAGGAGAUUAUAUUUUUCAAAAUAUUUCCAAAACCAAUUAACGUAUCUAUGAAUUUUGGUAUGUUGGACGCAUUUUACACAUGAGCCCCCCUGCCUGUGACACCCUCGACUAAAAUUUUUAAACAGUUUUUGUGUAGUUCGUUAGAACAUUCAUUGAGUGUCCAACAUACCAAAAUUCAUAAUGAUAAAUGAUACGUUAACUGGUUUUGGAAAUAUUUUGAAAAAUAUGAUCUCCUGAGGCCCCUUUUAGGGGGGCGUGACUCCUUUAAGAAGCAUUUAACAACCCUUGUUUAUAGGAAAAAAUAAUCUUAUUUCUGAUCGUAUAAUCUACUGCUGAAGUAUUGCACACUAAUUAUGGGACACCCUGUAUAGGACAUUUAUUUGGUAGCUACAUGGAAUUUAAAACAGUAUUUUUAUGUAUAAUUGUGGGUGAUAAACAAAAUUUUCAUAUAAAAAUAAUCUGCAAAUAACUUUCAAUAGAUUUCUCUUAUUUUUUUUUUCAUAAAAUUUACUUUCAUUACCUGAAAGAAUAUCAUUAUUUCUUUCUAUUUGAUUCUUGAACUAUAUUUUUUUACUACACUUUAGAAUUAGAUUAAUUAUUUUUCCAAAAUUGGAUGAAUAAUAUUCAGUGAAAGUGAAUAGGAUUGAAUUGAUUGAUAACAUAAUUGCUCAUAAUGUAAAAGAAUUUUUUUAAGAAUAUAAUUUAGUGUCCUUUUUACAAUAUAUUUACAAAAUAAAAUUUAAUCCUUUUUUAAUGUAAAAAAUUGUUUUAAGUCUUUUAUUGGCAAAGGCUAACGACAAAACUAGGUAUACAGUGUAGAACAGCCAAAUGGAAUAAGUUCAGUAUCUCAAUUAUUGUGCAUAUUGAUUCUAUGAUUUUGCAAAAAUUAGCAGUCUGCUUGACAAAAUUCAACAAAAACAUAAAAACUUACAAGGUUUUGUUCUUGCAGGCUAGCAAAAACAAUUUCAGUCUUCGUUUUCAAAAUUAUCAACUAAAAAGAAGAUAUAAAAAUAUCAAAAUUCUUCAUAGUUCAAAAUUGACGUCUCGGGAUUUUUUUUAUAAAUAUUCACAAUAAUUGAGAUGCUGAAUUUAUUCCAUUUUACUGUUCUACACU